AUGCAUUUUGCGGCCGUGGUAUCCUUUGCUGCUGGGCUGCUGCUUGGAGGAUGCAUCAUCGUCUUUGGUCUCCGUGGCUCCUUGUUUCGCCGCGACACUCUUCUGCGACAAAGUUCGUAUGAGAGGCCUGCGACGCUGUCAGCCAACACACCAGGAGUGCGUCCGCCGGCCACAAGGCCUUCCGGAUCUUCCGGCGAUCCGCCUGCGUCAAGAGGAUCACACCCGCCGAUACCUUCACCGCCUUCACCUUCGCCUCAGAUUCGUCAAGAUCCAAGCGGCUUGCGCUCCUGUACAACGCGCUCCUGCUUAGGCUCACGAACUGCAGGUGGCGACAUAUCGCAAAUUCACAGAUCGGUGAUUCUAUUGGCGACGGGUGGUGAACAGCUGCCUGUUUUUCACGGUCCGGGCUUUUUCCCGCUGUACAUCGUCACAGAGGACAAGGAUGCACAGACCCUUUUCGAGGGUGGGGCAAACAGUCUGUUGUACGGACUGGACCGGUUUCAGGAUCUUCCGUUUGUUGACUUUGCAGCAGACAUUGUCGUGCUUGAUGUAAGCUCCUUUUCAAAAGCUUCACUUGGUGGUGUGGUAACCGAAGCGGUGCGCAUUUUGGCACCACAAGGAGUACUGUUCGUUUCGGGCGCUGCUGAUUUCGACAUAUCAGACUUCAGCCCGCAGGCGGCUAAACUUGUCUUUGCUGGUUCCUAUGCCCAUUCAUUUGUGCGUCGGGUGGGAGUUGUACCAGAUUUACCAGUUUGCAAAGCAUGUGGGAUGAGAUCUAUGUUUGGCGACCGGAAGAUUGAGCUCUCUCCGGAAAACCAGUGUCAAGCGUGGAUACAACCAGGAUUCAAAUCAAUAUUCCAGAAAGAAACUGCGAGUAAGUUCAACCCCAAACCAAAGGAAAGCGUUGAAAACCAACGUCUGCAACAUUGGUGGCGGCCAAAUGUGCUAAAGACACAGCAGGGAGAGGAUGAAUGGGCUGAUGUUUAUAGCAAAAAGUCUGCACAUGUAUACAAAGCUGGCUACACAAAUUCAGAUCCUUACAAAUUGCCCCCACAUUUGGAAGAGGCUGUGAAAGCUGGAAAGUUCAAACGAAUUCUCGAUGCAGGGGCAGGAUCAUGUUCUUUGGAGGGCGAACUCCGGCGCAAAGGAUAUUUCAAGACUGUUCGCAAUUUCUUGGCUUUUGGCGCUUACGAUUGUUCUAUGCUCCGCAUUUGUGCAGAGCGAGGCUCGAUUUCCUUCCAGCACAAUUGGCUGAUUCCGCUACCCGUGUGUGCUUCUUGUAAGUUUGACCUCAUAUAUCAGUUUGCAGGGAUACAUCACAGGCGAGUUUUCGAAAACUAUGCAAAGUUCUUGGACAACAUGCUGGCCGUCCUUGAAUGCAACGGACUGCUUUUCGUCAAUGAUCAUGGACCCUGGCGGCCUGAAUUUCGCAAAGCUUUGAAGAUCCGAGUUAGGCGAACGAUUGCUACAUAUACAGAAAGCAACAAUGGAGCGUUUGCAAUCAAUCGCAUUUGCUAAUUGCUUUACAAUGUCGCAGUCCUCCUAGGUCGGCGAGGGUGUGAAAUAUAUUCCUUGACUGCUACGACCCUAUGACGAAGCGGGCCGUGAAAGUUGGACGUGGCACGAUCAAAGACAUGGGAGAGUGGCACCAUGUGGCACCCUGUAGUUCAGGUUUCGAAAGUCGUGAAUGGGGGACCCCUAGAUUCCCUGACAAGGCCUUGAAGGGAGCUGUUGAAAUCUGCUGUACUCCAAUAUGAGUGAAACAAGA